AACUUUAUCGAUAUUCGAGAAAAGGAGAGAGAUCCUAAACGUGAUAACGAUCAUGGUCGCUCAUUGAUGAAUAGACGAAACAACGAAGCUGGUAGAAAGAUUCUAAAGCGUCACACAGCGCCAAAGUGUAAGUGUCACGGUGUAUCGGGAGCUUGCAAUCUGAAGACCUGUUGGAUGCAGUUGCCGACAAUGCGACAAGUUGGAAAUAUACUUCAGAGCAAGUAUAAGAAUGCGAUUCGGGUUCAGGUUAAUUCACGAGGUAAUCUACAACUCGUUGCUGAUCAACUUCCAAAGGAUUCCGGAGGGAGAAGAAAGACUAGAGCACUGCCAACCGAUCUCGUUUUCAUGGAUGACUCCCCUGACUACUGCAGGCAAGAUCGAGCAGCUGGAACAUUGGGAACACAAGGACGAAUUUGCAGACGAGGAUCUGAUGGAGCGGACGGUUGCGAUUCAUUGUGUUGUGGACGAGGCUAUAACACUUACACUGUUGAACAGACCACUAAGUGCAAUUGCAAGUUUGAGUGGUGCUGUAAGGUGGUCUGCCAGAUGUGCACGAACACCACACAAGUUGAUAUUUGUAAAUAA